GAACCAUUCACGUAUACCUUCUUCCUAUACACAUACAUACAUACAUACAUAUACACUUGCACUCCAUUGCUGAUCAUCGUAUCGAACUGCAAAUGGUGAAGACGACCGAGGAGCAGAAGAUCCAAGCUGAACCAGUAUCGUCAUCAUCAAAACCAAUGGCUUCAUCGAAGACGAAGAUGAAGAAAUACAAGGGAGUGAGAAUGAGAAGCUGGGGAUCAUGGGUAUCAGAAAUCAGAGCGCCUAAUCAGAAAACAAGAAUAUGGCUCGGCUCUUACUCUACACCAGAAGCCGCCGCCAGAGCCUACGACGCCGCACUUCUCUGUCUCAAAGGCUCCAGCUCCGCCGCGAAUCUAAACUUCCCCAUCACUCCUUCCCACUUUAUUCCCGACACCGUCAUGUCCCCCAAGUCCAUACAACGUGUCGCCGCCGCAGCUGCCAAUAGUUUCGUCGACUCAGCCACCAGUAAUAAUAAUAAUAAUAAUAAUAAUAGUAAUAGUAAUACUUCGCCUACUCCUCCUUCUACGACGUCAUCUUCGGUUUCUUCCCCGUCGACCGGGUCGGAUCAGCCGGAGGAUGACGUCAUGUCGCUAAUGCAAUCUUUUGAGCCGACAUACAGUGAGUUGGUAGCUCCAUCGAUGGAAUACUCGUGGAAUAAUUACUACAGCUUUGAUGGGUUACAGUCGCCGAAGUACGUAGAUCAGAUGUUCAUGAAUGUGGUGGCCGAUCCGCCGGCUAUGGCGGUGGAGGAUUUUUACAACGAAGAAGGCGAUAUUCGUCUGUGGAGUUUCUGCUAGAGAUCAUCAUAUCAUAUAUAAUUUUUCUAUCAAAAAUCAAAAUUAAAUCAUUCUUUUGUCUAUUCAUUUGGGUGUUGAUGAUUUGCUAAUUGCUUCAAGACACCGCUGACAGUUACCGAUUUAUAAUUUCAUAUUAUAUUUGAGAAUACCAGUGAAGAAGAAGGGAAGAUAGGAAACUGAUUCACAUGGAGGAUGAGACAUUUUUUUGGACUCUCUGAUCAUGUGGGUUUCUAUUAUUGAUUUCAUUUGUGUUAAAUGCAAA